AUGGGUGUUCUCAUUGCACCUGGUUCAAUUACACUAACAUGACGUCGUUGUCGGUGUUUGGCAAGUAAUUCAACAUGUUGGCCAAAUGCAACUAUCUGGCAACAAUUCAAUAAAUCAGUCGAUGGAAGUUUGAUUUUGGUUCAACCAUCAGCUGAACUUUGCAGUGGUAAUCCACCGGAUUUGAAUGCGUGUACGGUCGCUGUUAUUCAAUGGUCGAAUUCGAAAUGGCGUAGUGAUCAAGUCGGAGCAAUGCAAAAUCACAAUUGGGAAAAUAGUUCAUGUUCAGCUUUUCUUCUCAAUAUUACAUGCACACAAGGAGCUGUUCCUCGAUUAGCAGUAAAUGCUACAACUGUUGAGCACAUACAAACAACGUUACAAUUUGUUAGCAAGUAUAAUCUUCGAUUGGUAAUGAAAACUACUGGACAUGAUUAUUUGGGUCGAUCGACGGCUGCCGGUUCGUUGCUUCUGUGGCUUCAUUAUAUGAAAAACAUGACUUUAGUCCGACAGUACACAUCGUGUACUGGUGAACGUAUAUCGAAUACCAUUCGAGUCGGUGCCGGUGUUCAAUGGGGUGAAGUUUAUGCUUGGUUAUCAGCUUACAAUUUGACAGCGAUUGGUGGUGCAUCACAUACUGUAGCUUCCGCUGGUGGUUACUUGCAAGGCGGUGGUCACGGUCCGUUGACACGUUGGGCAGGUCUAGCUGUCGAUCAGGUUCUUGAGUUUGAUGUCAUUACUGCUAAUGGAACACGUCAAACAGUCAAUGCUUGUCAAAAUAAAAAUUUGUUCUGGGCAUUACGUGGUGGAGGUCCCGGAACUUAUGCUGUUGUACAUUCGGUUGUUCUUCGCACGUAUCCAUCGCCGACUAUGAUCGGUGCUAUUUACGCUGUUGCGGCACCAAAUGACACACGCUAUGCUCGUUUUAUCCAAGAUUUUACUCGAUUUAUACCUACAUUAGCCGAUUCUGGCUGGGCUGGUUACUUUUCCAUGGUAGAUCUGACGAUUAUCAUUAGUUUUUUCUGGCCGAAUGGAAACCUCACUGUGGCUAGAGAACAAUUCAAUAAAUUGAUGCAGAAAAAUAUGGAUUUAAAGUUUACAGUUAAUACAACCUUUACAUUGCCAUCGUUUUACGCUUUUUAUACAGCUGUGCUGGCUUCAAGCAACCCAACUGGCUUCAAUGUUUUGCUCGGCUCACGUCUUAUUCCUGAAACAAUCGUUCGUAAUGAACCGGAUAAGGUAGCCAAUGUACUCUCGAAAAUCAAGCGCCAAAGUAAAAGUGGAUCGAACAUACUGGGACACCUAGUAGCUGGCGGAAAAGUAUCCAAUAAAUCGAUCAAUAGCAGUGUCAAUCCAGCAUGGCGCACCGCACUCCUACAUAUGGUUUAUGUACAAAGUUGGCCCGAAGGAACAUCGGCUGCCGAUCAGCAAGUUGGCGCUAGAACCGUUCAAACUCAAGUGGCUCUUCUCGAUACGAUAGCCGGCGGUGCACAAUCUGCUUGUUAUAUGAACGAAGCCGAUCCGAACGAACCGAAUUGGCAACAGAAAUAUUUCGGUACUCAAGAAAUCUAUAAUAAAUUAAAAUCGAUCAAAAAUGCGGUCGAUCCAAGCGGUCUCUUCAUCUGUAAGAAUUGUGUUGGCAGCGACGAUUCAACUGCCGAUCUCAAUUGUCCGCUUCUCAUGUAAAAAAUUCUAACGAAAGAUCAGAUUAAGAUCAAUUACUUGUGGAUUAAAAAUGGAUUUAAAUCUGAUUUUUCAUUAAAAUAUUUUACAUGGCUACAAAUGAACGCUUAGUAUCAAGAAAUAAAACAAGUGUUUUCCACAUAGUUGAUACACGUUUUGAUCAUUCAAAAUAUAGACAUCUGUUGAAUGAGAUAAGAAUAUACAACGAAUGAAAUUAAGCAG